AUGGGAGACUCACAUUGCCGUUGUCUUCAUGGCUUUAUUUUGCUUGUUGUUCUGUUUCUUUCCUUCGUGUUUAGUUUCGCUUCAAAGAUAGACGUUUCUUUUCACGGAGACGAGAAACGUAGUCUCUCUAGCUCCAUUAAUUCCUCUCUUAGUGAGUCAGCGGAAUACACAAUGUGCGCGACUCAUAAAGAGGCUAAGGAUGGUAAACCAAUCGCAUUGGAUUUCGAUUGCGAACAAGGAUAUGUUAUUUCAAAGAUCACUUACGCCGACUAUGGCCAAUCCACUGGUAGUUGUGGGAAAUUUAAACGCGGUAAUUGCGGUGCAAGCAAUACCUUAAAUAUCGUCAACAAGAAAUGUCUUAGGAAAGAGAAGUGUAAGUUGUUUGUUCCAGACAAGAUUUUUGGUCCGAGCCACUGCAAGGGAGCUUAAGUCUCGUUAUUGACGCUACUUGUAGAAAACUUAGUUUUUUUCUUGUUUUCCAAGUUAAAGUUUCUUUAUGUAAUCGACCUAGUCAAGCUUUUGUUUCCUACUUUACACGUUUGUUACAUUUUUUCUCUUUGUUGCAAACCCCAAAUGUGUAUGUGCCAUACAAUAUCAAUCAUCUUUGCCAUAUUU